AUUUAUGUCUGUAUACUUUUAUAUUCCAAAUCUGAUUGGAUAUGCAAGAGUUGUAUGUGCUCUUGUGUUUUGUUACACAGGAAGUUUUGAUCCCUUAAUAUCAGCCAUAGCUUAUUCUGUGAGUUAAUUAGGAGAUCUUUUUGAUGGAAUGGCUGCUAGAAGAUUUAAAUAAUGCAGUGUUUUUGGUAGUGUAUUAGAUAUGGUAUUUUAUAUCUUUAAUAUCUUUAGGUAACAGAUAGAUUCUCUAAUGCUUGUAUCUUGGCAGUACUCUACAAAUUAUAUCCAACUAUUGGAUUUUUAUUCUUGUGGGCAUUAGCUUUGGAUUUAUGUAGUCAUUGGUAUCAAAUGUACUCUACUUUAUAUUGCAAUGAAAAACAUCAUAAAACAGCUGUCUCCAAAUAUAAAAUCUUAGAAAUUUAUUACAAAGUUCCAUAUAUGUUAUUUGUUAUGGUUUUAUUAAGCGAAGUAAUUAUUAUUCUUAUUAAUAACUCAAGACAGCUAUGGUUACUUUAUAUUUGAAUGUUUUCUAUGAUUGGAUUGUCAUUUAACUACUCAUGUACGUUUCAGUUCCAUUCUUAUGUUUAAAACAUGUAAACUAUUUUAAUAUUAUUAAUUAGUAUAUCAACUUUAUUCAAUUGAUGAGUGCUUCAGAUAAAAUCAUUGAAAAAGAAUCCAACAAAAUUUGAUUGUAUAAUAAAACAAAUUAUUCAUUUAAUUACAUG